AUGAACAUGAAGGGAUACAUGACUAAACACAGGCCACUACUUAAGCUGAUGGCAUUCAAGCUGGUCGUCGGGUUAGUUCUCCUGGAGAAGGUAAAUACCUACCCCAAGAAGCCCCCGUGGAGAGAGAGAACACUUACCAGAAACCAAGAUCCUUUUCCUCAUCCUUACAUCAACAAACGUUCUCAAAACACACUCCACCUCAAUGACCUACAUAGACGCAAUAAUGGGUCUCCCAACAAUGUCCUCUACGCCUACAGCGCAAAGCCCUACGAGAUCUCAAACUCGCGGCGUACCCUCCGACCCCAAGUAUACCAGACCGUCGAGUCCGAUGAUGACGGGGAGAUCUUGAUGAGCGGCUUCCAGAAACGCUAUCAAGGUGGUCGCUGGGGAUUGCGUGCCUGGGCUGUCUAUCUAAAUCCGUUGGAGCUAUUGCGGGAUGUCAAGGCGGCUUAUGUUAUGAUUCAUAGUGCGCGGGCUUUGCAGAAGGCUCAUGCGAAGGAGCGGGAGAUGGCGAGGUAUGAAACGCGGCAUGAGAGUGGUGAGGGGGCUUGA